GACACACUAAAUUUAAACAUUUUUCGUGCAACUUAGUUUUCAAUAUAUACUGGCCACAGUCUAUUCUACAAUUUCGAAUCAAUAUUUUUCUUGAUGUAGCAACACGAAUAAAAGCAAAGGUAUAUUGAAAUACUCCGUAACAUGUUUCAAUGAUCUAUUAAUAAAUAAAGAAAGUUACAGGGUGCACAUUGCAAAGGCCACAUCCUUUACUGUCUCCCCGCUGUCCCGCAACAAAUAGUCUCUCCUUUUCCCCGCAAGAAGCCAAGACGAAAAACUCCCCCCUCCCCUCCUGCCAAGCCAUGGCGUCGCCGCCGUGGGCGACCCUCCACGAAGACAUCCUGGGACUCAUCUUCCGCUCCCUCCCAACCCUCAACGACCGCGUCUACACCUCCGCCGUCUGUAGGCACUGGCGCUCCGUCGCGGUGCAGAGGGAGAACCAGCCCGAGCUCCCCUGGCUCCUCAUGCCGUCCACCGCGAGCACCUCCCACUUCCGGGUCUUCGGAGGAUCCACCCACCAGGAGAAACCCCUCCACGUCCCCGGCGCGCGCUUCUGCGGCUCCUUUCCGGGCGGCUGGUUCGUCGUCCAGCUCCAUGCGCCGCGCGGGCGAUAUGCGCUGCUCAACCUCCCCACCGGCGAACAAAUUGCCCUACCUGACAACAUGGAAGCGCCCGUGAGGAGCAAUUCGGGAAUCCAGCACAACAAUCUGUACCCCGUGCUGGCCAUCCACGCCGCCGUCCGGUCCACCGCGCCGACCCCCGACGGCGCCUACAUCGUCGCCGCCCUCACGUCCAGCCAGACCAACAUCGCUUUCUGGCGCCCGGGGAUGGCACACUGGUCGCCGCUGCUUCAUACAGAGGUAGACCGUCGCGCUUCAUGGGCCGACGAGAUGAUCCCCACGGCGGACGGGUCCAUGGAGGACAUAGACGGCAUGCUUACGAUGUCGCGUGCCGGAAUCCGCAUAGACACCCAGCGAGCGCCACGGGCCGAGGAGCCCGUCGCCCGCUACCUCGUGCUGUCCGGCGAGAAUCUGCUCAUCGUCAGGAGGUUCGCCUCCUUGCCGGUCGCGCCGGAUGUGAUGGGACUCCAUGUCAUCAGGAUCGCCAGGGAAGAAGAGGGUAAUUUGCGCCAGCGCAACUGCUGGGGGCUACCAGGGAGGGUGCUCUUCCUCGGGCGCGGCUGCUCCAGGGCCUACACGACGGCGGUCCACACGAACCCCGGCGGGUACAUCUACUUCCUGGACGCCGACAGAUUCCCAGGCUCGACGACCAUCGGCUACCACUGCAGCGACACCGGCCGGUGCGACUACCGACACUUCCUGCUUCAAAUCCAGCGGGUCUUGCCGCAAGUGCCCGAGUCCGACUGCUCGCCAUGGAUUUGGUUCUUCCAUUGAUCAGCCAUAGCCCAUGGCAGGACGAGGCAGAUCGCCUGAUACAGGCGACGGUACUACUUGUGCAAUCUUGGCUGUCUGCUUGAAUCACGAACCAAUUUUGGGGAUUCCUGUUGAGAUUUUGCUUUUCAGUUCAUAGUGGGAUUGUAGAAUUUCAGACAUGAAAAUGGUUGCUGUCUUGCUGAGAGACGCUUGAGACCUGACACUGAGACAUGAACAAGUCGAUUCCCAGUGUUUCAACUGUACUAAUGGGAUCUCUCAUAGUGCAGUUCAGAGUUUGUCCUGACACAUUGUCUCAUACUCUCUUCUUGACCGUUGCCUUUGUUUCAAUUCAUUCUUGCCAUAUGGUAAGGUUUUAGCUUCAGCAAUUUAUUCUGGGGUUUGUGCGCCAUCAGAUGCAUGGAAAGAUUGAGUUACAGUUAAUGUUGGCUUGCACUAGAAUAACUUGAUUUUGGGCUUUGAAUCUGUGUUCUCUGUUAAUAUUGCAGUUCACAGAGUUACAUCAAUAGUGUACUAAAUCUGUGAUUCUUCUCUUGUGAAUUCUGAAGCUAACCAAACUGAACUUGUGCCUGUAGAAGCUGCAAUCUCUGUAAUUAAUGACUGAGAAGCUAUAAAAUGGGCUGCUAAUAAUUUACAAUAGCUACAUGCUCAUUGAUAAUGCUUCUAGUUUUUUUUUUCUGCAUUGCUGCCAUUCUUUCAAUUGUGCCUAUCAAUUAUUCAGUGUGAGCUGAUCUGGAGCAGUGCUCAAACAGAAAAGUAUAUUUCAGUACUGUGGAACUGCUGAUUACACAGCAGCAGAUGUGUGUUUCACAUGAUCUCCAGUACUGCAAAUAACAGCAAGCAUGGUUGAUUAUCUGCAGCUGUAAUAUUUGACUCUCUUUUGAGUUGUGCUGGUCUAAUAUUAUGCUACGCUGAAGGCUUGAGUUUCAGAGUUUGGAUGACUAAUCUGUACCUUUUUUUAAGCUGUGUUUCAAGUGCUUGUGUGCAGUGUGUUUUGAUAGUGUAAGUUUCCUGUCAGCCCUGGCCCAUUAUUUAUCUGAUGAAGAAAGUUAGUGCCUCUCAAUCAGAGAAAGAACUGACUAUGCAAUGUAUGCAUAGGCUUACAUCAACUACCUGUAAGGGUAUUGCCACAUAAGAAUUUUGGUGACCUGGAGUUAAGAGAAACUGAGAAAGCAUAGAGAUAGAGUUUGUCUCUGCCUCGAAGUGACAUUGAGGGGCAUUGCACUUGGAAUAGAAUCUUAAAGACUCUACAAAUAACAGAAUCCUAACAGUUAAACCCUGAAAUACUGAAUACUUUCUGUGCAAAAUUUAAAAGGUUGCGCCUUGAAGAUUGGUGACUUCCAGCUCAAAAUUUCCAUCUCCCCUUUUUAGAUGAACUAUAGCUAUCUCCUUUCUUUCCCUUUUUC